CCACCUCUCAUCUCAUUCCAUCUGUUCAUCGUCGUCUUCUCCAUCCUCGCCAUCUCAUCAUCCUCAUCUCGACUCAUCAAAGAAAACACUCGCCGUGCGGAACAAGCACACCUGCCUCGCACUUUUGACCACUACAAACCACUGCUGAGGAAAAGACCCAUACAAGUUGCUUUGCCCACCAUGGCUGUUGCUAUGCUCUCCAAGAAGAAGCUAAAGAACCGAUCGAAGCAACGCUCGCUAUCUUCAAGAGCGUUCGAGGAGGAAGAGGAGGAUAUGGGCAUCAUCAGUCGUCUAGAGAGCGAGCCCUGGCAACCCGAUCUCCUGCUGGAGCGCCAAUUUGAUAACAAAACAGCAUCAUCUCCAUCCUUCCUCUCAACAUCCUCCACAACAGUUGCAGCAGAAGGCGCAUACAACACAAUAGCAUCGAUCGAUUAUCUCAAUAGAAAUGAAGGACAGAAUAGUACAACAACACCGGGUUCUCAGCGGGUGAUCCCUGUUAUUAUCAAGUCCCCAUCCUCAGUCAUCACCACCGCAGACGACAGCUCAGACUGCGUGGAGUCCGUCUUUGAGGACCAUACGCUCAAAAGACCAGGGAUCCAGGAAUACCUUCAACAGACACAUCAGGAGCAACAGCUUCUGCAGCAGCAACAACAAGAGAUGCAGACACAGAUGCAGUCCGAGCUACAGCUGCACUAUCAAUUGCCGGCUCAUCUACAGAGCACCCUUUCUACCCACAACAUCACCAGGAGACAACAGCAACCACCGCAACCACAUCUGCAACAAUACCGAAACUCGUUUCAUGGACACUCAGGGGUAUCGUUAGGGUUGGAAGAGGACCCUACUGGGUUUUUGUCAAAGCCUCUGUUGACUAGCGCGAGGAGUGAGUUUUCUCUGGAGAACACUUGCGUGACCGACAGCGAGAGUGUCACCCAGUCGCUGCAGUCUCUCAAGAACAUUACGAUGCUGGCCCUAGACAAUCUGCUCCAGCAUGUCGUCUCUGAUGUCACAGCCAGCGACCCUGUGCACAACCCUGAUGAGACCACUCUUCACGCUCGGGCGUUCAUCCGACGGAAGUCCAACCCUUUACUCAAUCUUGUCGAUCAAGAGCAAGACCCAUUCGGAGAUCAGCAGUAUCAGCAGUAUCAGCAACAGGACCAAGAGGAGGACCUGCGCCCAACCAUUACCAAUCAUGGCUCACCCGUUCAGAGAUCCAUUUCAAGCACGCCGAUCGCUAGCAUGGCCGCCUCAUCGCGUGAAAGGCUCGAUGAGUUGACCCGAAAGGUGGAUCAAUUGGCAGCCGUCACCCACGCAGAGGACCAUCGCCAGCUGUCUUCUGAAAGAACCUUCGAGGUCCUUCACGAGCCUCUAGAGAUACCCACGCGACAGCGUAGCCAUCCCACGACCUGCAGCAGCAACAACAACAAAAACAACAACAACAGCAACAACAACCCGUUCUCAGAACAACCUGUUCAACAGCAACAGAGACAACCUCGAUUAGAUCCGUCCCACAUUUUUGAGAGCCAAGAAUACCAGCUCGCCUGUGCACUCGCGGCCAUGUUGGCCUGCAUUUACCGGAUCCUAGACCACAUGCCCGAGCAGUCCGAGCAGCCCCGUCGCAAGAAGACGCCUCAGCGGACGGAAUCGGUGGAUUCGGGGCUGGACCAGGCCUCAAAUUUGUGGAAGCGACUUUCGUCCAAUUCGUUUAUGCCACGCAACACGACUCGACAGCCGUUGUCGUCCUCUUUGGGACCGAGCAACAAGUGGAAUUCACAGGGCUGGAGUUCAGAUACGACCAACACUGCCUCGCCUCUGUUCUCAUCCGACAACAAGGCCCUCGUGAUGGGGUCCGAGGACGCCGGAGGGGCCACGGCGACAACGAACUUUAUGCAGACGAUCAAUAAACAGGUCCGGACGCUCAGGAGCAGGAGGUCACAGUCAACGUCCCAGAUCGAGGUAACGGGCAGCAAUGGCCACUCUAGCAAGUCGCUACAUGACCGAUUACUCGGCGGACUUGGAUUCGGCUCAAAGACCAGAAGCGCCCCCUAUCUUGAGAAUGCGGCCCAGGUAGAGCGUGCAAGGGAGCUGGAGCGGGAAUGGUCAGAAUUGGAUAAACUGAUGGAGGAGAUGGGCCACUUGUGGCGACUGGUAGAGACACUCGAGGAUGAGUCGAACGAAGAAAAGGAACGACCGAGGGCUGUGGAGACGACCUCAAUCUCCGAACGGGACCCGUUUCAUGACAGCAAUCAAAUCCCAGCGAACGCUUACUCUGUCGCCAGUGCACGGUACUUUGACCAGCAGACUCUGGAUAUGACGACGGAGGCCGCCCCAGGCGACGACCUUCCGCGAUACGAGGACAGCAACGCGCCAGAGUACGAGCUCUCUGAAAAGGCCGGACAUGAGGCGACUCAAUUCAAGGAUGCUCAUUCUGUGGAGGAUCUGAGACGCAGAAGCAGCCGAAAUGGUCUCCAUGGGAUCCCGGGACUGGAGGACGAGAAGACCCGUUUUGAUCUGAACAACGUCAUGUCGGCGAUCGAGCGGCUCUCGAAAGUGGCCCCACGGAUGGACAAUCAACGGGUCCAGCUCUCGCCGAGUCAGAAACGUCAGAUGGCCCAGGCGAGUGUUGCGCACACGAUCGAUCGUCUGUCCAGGGAUCGUUGGGAAGGAUCCGGAGCCACGACCUUGUCCUCGUCCUCGUCCUCGCCCUCGACUCAAAAGAAGGAUACGCAAGGACAGCAUCAGCAGCAGCGUCAACUUUCGAUGGAACGGAGCAGGGAUCUGAACAAGCUGGUGAACCAGAUUGUAGAGUCGGCCAACAGGGCUAGUUUUGUGGCACAGCGCGCAGAGUUUAGUCCGCGUCAGCAAUGGAAACUGGAGGGUGCGCGUGUUGGAGAUAAGAUCGAACGUGGGGAGAGGUUGCGCAUGUCGGGCCAGGAUUGGCAAUCUCCAGAAAAAGUACUGCUGAAGGACAUGACCCGGCUCACGAACACGCUCUACCAACAGUCGGCGUCGUCAAAGUCGUUUGCGACACAGAGGUACACCCUCACGGAUGAUAAGGCACGGAACAUGGCACUACAGGAAAUCAUCAGCAAGAUCGAGCGUGUCUCUGGAAGGAGGAUGGAUAACCAGGAUGCCCUACCGCCUUCGUCAAAGCCCAGAUCCGUAUCCUCGUCGUCAUCGUCCUCACCUGCCAUGAUCGAGAGCAGAAGUAGCAGUAGCAGCAACAGUUGUAGUAGUGGUAGCGGUAGUGGUAGCAGGAAGAGCAACAAUAAGGCCAAGGAUCUGCAGGAGAUGAUGAAGCAGGUGGCUGAGAGCGGUGGAGGGCCGACAAGGAAAUCGGCCAUGGCCUCGCAGCGCGCACAGUUUGGUCCGAAGCAUUAGACCACGUUCUUUUUUUUUUUUAUUAUUCCUCCAACUGAUAUUCCAUACAAACUAGCUUGCAUCAUCAAUGCUCUGUAAAAAAAAUAUAUAUAUAUAAACAUA